AUGCCUGUGUCCCAAGAGGGGUGGCUUCGCGUGAAGCUCACCAACCCUCGGGCGACGCAGGUGUUGGAGAGGAUGACUGCCGACCUGAGGCCUGGUGACUCAAGGGCGGCGAAGCUGAUGGGGGCCAUGAUCGUCAAAGAAUUCAUGAUGCAGCGCGUGGCUCCCCUUCAGGCGCGCCCGUGCCCCUUGUGGAAGCUUGGAGACGAAGGGGGCGACCUCCGCCUGUGCCCGGAGACCCUUUCUGAUGAGGAGUUGCGCUCGGCCCUCCGUUCCUUGGUUGGGGACGACCAAGGGUACCCACCAGACUCCUUCGUUCCCUUGUUCCGCCGCCCAGAUGGGGCGGAGGCUGCCGCCGCCAUGCCCAUCUUCGCCGGGCGUGGACCCGUGCCGCCUGCGCCCUCGAAUGUCCCGGUGACGACGACUCCGGUGGACGUGUCUUCCAACGAGUCUCGCGAGGAGGAAGAGGAAGAGGAGGAGGAGGAGGAGGAGCGUGAUCCGGAGGGGACUCGCGAAGGGGCGGGGGAAACCUCCCCUUUGCGCAAGGCUGACAUCCUCCGCACCCUGCCUGAUGACGGUGACGAGGCCGAUGUCUCCCUGGAGAGAGGGGAGCCGCCAGUGUCUGGAGGCUCCACAAGGUCCAAGGUCAGUCACCGGAGGAGGCCACCGGCCGAGGUCCUGACGAGGGGCAGGUCGACGCUGAUCUCCCGAGAUGACGCCCCUGCUCCGACGCUGCCUGGAGCUGCCUCCACCCGACCUGUUGCUUCUUCUGCUCCUGGUGCUCGUGCACCCGCGCCUCAGGCCGCGAAGCUUUCAGGCUUCAAGCUUAGGAAGCAGAGAGAUUACGCUGCGGUGGACCAGCCUACACCCGUGGCAAAGAGGAGGAAGGAGGAAGUGGUGGUAUUGCUCGGGACCCCAUCGCCUGCGGCGGCUGCGCCCCCUCUGUGGGGAAGGGCAGUGACAGCGCUCGCGUUUCUCUGGCCCGAUCGUCCUCACGACUUGGGGGAGCGUCCCGAAGAGGAGGUGGCCCCUGCUGCUCCACUGGCUCCGGAGGUGCUAAUGCCCAACUCGGUUGCUGGGGUCCCCAAGGCUCAGGAGCCCCCAGUCUCCCAGGCCAUGGUGGCAAUGCUGCCUCCUCCCCCUCCUGCCGCGCUGCUGACAUCAGAUCCUUCUGCCUCCCAUGACGUCCUGGAGCGCGCUCUUUCUGCGAUGACCCUGCUGCGAGAAGAUCUUCAGGGCGCCGACCCCCGCCUGGUAGCCGGGCGCCUGGAGCUGGUCUCUAGUUGGCUUCACUCGGACGUGUCCGUUUGGGUGGCGCUGAGUCAGGCCGUGGCAACCUCCGAGAAGGACAAGCAGGUCGCCGCCCAAGCCACGGCCGCUCGCAAGGUGGCGUUGAAAGAUGCCGGGGCAGCCCAGGACCGCUGUCAGUCGCUGGAGGCCGAGCUGGAGACCAUGCGCAAUGAGCGUGCGGCCGAGGCUCGAGGCCGCAAGGAAGAGGAGGAGAAGAUGAAGGCCCGAGAGGACGCCGUCAGGGGUCGCGAUGCCGAGCUGGAGCACCGGCUGGAGAAGCUGAAGCGGAAGAUGGAGGCAGAGAAGGCCGAGCUUGACGCCAAGGGGAAGGUCCUGGCUGAGGACCGCACGACCUUCAAGUCCCUCGAGGAGAGGUCCCGUGUGGUGCUGCAGGCACUCUACGAGAAGGGCUUGGAGGAGCCGCUGGCCACCGAUGACGAGGGCCCCACCCAGCUGCUUCCUCAUCUGGUCACGGCGCUUGAGGAAGUCGUGGGAGGUAUCGGCCCCUUGGUGGAGGGAGAAGCCCGCACUCUUUCCUCGGCCGCGCUGACGCGCGUCUUCAGCCACCUCCAUCUUCGCGACCCUGCCGCCAACCUCGACGAGCUGCUGGAGCCUGUGGAUGAGGAGCGCUGCACAACUGCUGCCGAAGCCAUGAAGGGCCAGGUGGAGGCUUUGCUGAAGAGGUUCCGCGCCUUCGAUCCCGCGCCUUCAACUGGCGGUGCUGCUGAGCCUGCAACUCCGAUGGGCGGUGCAGGUGAGGGCAACGCUGCUGUGGAAGAAGCAUCUCUUGCGGGUGUCGGCGGCGUCCGGGGAUGA